AUGAGCUUGAAAGAAGUAUUCGAACAACAUCCAUGGAGGUCAUUUAAGAAGUUCAAUGAAGCUGCAAAGAGUUGGGGAUUUACUAACAGAGCUGAAGUGAAAAGGUUCUUUGACAAAAAUGUUGUACAUCAAACAAAAAUAAACCCUUACGACUACUUUUUACCAAUUUACUCCAACACUCCUGACGCAUACCAAUUUGACACUCUCAUUCAAAGCAGAAAAGGAGGACAUAAACCAUUCCUCAUCUUCAUUAAUGUUAACACUCGUAAAGCAUAUGCAUAUCCAAUGAGGAAUAAAGGAACUCGUGAAGUGUUAAGAGUUUUACAAAAGUUUGUAGCAGAACAUAGCCCAAGUACUUUAACAUCAGACCAAGACAGUGCAUACCUCAGCAAUGAAAUCACAG